AGCUCAUGCAUAUCGUCCCCAUUAUCAAUCAAAAUCAUCACGAGUAAAUCAUCGCGACCAGUCCAAGAAUCAAUUCAUACUUUGAAUCAGGACUUUACUCUCAGAAUCCUUUGCGAUGGCCGCGACACAGAAGCUCUAUCCUCGUGGCACUGUGAAGGGCAUUGUGAAAGCACAUUCCAACCGCAGCGUGAGCAAGAACGCUGAUAUUCUGAUCUUCUUAGAUUAUAUGCUUUUCAUGCAAGAAUUGAUGCGCGAAGCUUCGAUAAGGUCGCGAAAAGCCGGUGAAAAGCAUGUCUCACCAAACUCUGUCCGCAAGGUCACAGAGAAAACACUACGGAAAUUCAAGGGCUGAUCAGUUGAAUCGUCUUCAACCGACUCUCUCCAGCAUCGAGUGCAUACAGUAACCACGGGUGGGAUGAGGCUACUCAGCCGCUUGGCUUACAAGGAGACUACCUGAGAUCGAGUUCCCUCUUCCACUACUCUUCUGAAUAUAUUGCAAGGGAAAGGAGUACAGGCGUUGUUGUGUUGAUUCUUAUGAUACCCGGGCCGCGCCUUGUGGGCUGAGCUCCACACAACAGAUACAUGGUGGUGCCCUCUGAACAGCUUCAUAGUCACUUGAUGAAAUAGCCGCCGUAAUUUAUAA